GUAGAUAUGCCUGAAGAAAAACACAAUUGAUUAAGUCUUCCAUCCCCGGGGACGAGCAUCUUGGCAAAGAUCUUCACUCCUCCGUCAGUGUGAUUAGUCCCACAGGAGUGUGUGUGGCCUGAGGUAGAGCCAGCAGCAGAGGGAGACUCCUGGUUUUGCAGUUGCAGAAUCAUGGAGAGAUAUUUAUCCUUACAACUCAAAUCGACCUCUCUCCCGGCUAAUCCCCGUCUCAACACCACCGCUGACAUCAAUGCCACAGUGAAACCCUUCAGUGUGUUUGAUGGCUGCGAUCAUCAGGUAGAGGGCAUUCUCUUUGACCUGACCCUGCAGUGCAUCAAUGUAGUGGUGGGAAUCCCUGCCAACUUUCUUGUCAUUGCAAUCCUCAUCAGCAAUCGCAAAGAGCCCUCCACUUCAGACAUAUUCUUAGGCUGCCUGGCCUUCAUGGACAUCUACUUUAGUGCUAUGACCCCUAUCAGCUUCCUUAACCUUUACCACUGGCAAAGCAAGGAAGUGUGGUCUGCUCUUAAGUUCUCCUAUGGUGUGAAAGAUACCAGUGGCCCUUUGUUUCUCACCUGUAUCUGCCUAGAUCGCUUUAUAGCUGUGCUCUUUCCAGUUAUGUUUGGGCAGCUUAAACACAUCAAGUACAGGGUGAGCCUCUCAGUGCUGGUGUUCUGCCUCACCUUUGCCUACUCAGCAGCCAAGGUUGUGGGUGGCCUCCCCAACUUUGAGAAGGUCUUCACUGGUGAGAUCCUGGCAGCAUUUACCUGGAUGGUUUUGUGUAAUGUUUGCAUCCUGGGGGCCCUGAAGAAGUCCCGGAGUGCAGGGAAAGAUGAGAUGCACCCAAUGAAGAAGAGGGCCUUCAAGAUGGUGCUCUAUAUCCUUUGUAUAAUUGUGUAUAACUACCUGCCACCUGUAGCGCUGUUUCCUUUUCAAGACUACUACUCUCCUAAUGUAUUUCGCUGCUACGUGCAGCCUGUGGGCUUCGCUUUCCUCAACAUCAGCAGCACCACCCAGCCACUUGUGUCUCUGUCUCGUCUGGAGAAAGUGUCAUGCCUUGCAGACACCUUUGUUAAGAAGUUCUGCGUCUGUGUCUCUGCAGAGAAUAACAAAACCCCACCUGCUCAAAACCCACCUGCUCAAAACCCACCUGCUCCGGUUUGAGAAGAUCUAAUCCACAUAUUGACCCUCAUGGAUUCUCACUUUAACAGGGGAAAGCUUAUCUUUAAUUCCAUUAUUUUCCAAAUGCAUGUUUUAAUUGAAUAGAUUCUUAUUCUUAAAGCAAUCCUAAAAAAAGUAUACAUUGUUUG